GUUCUCUUUCACCGUCAGUCAUCGUUCAGACUCAGCCUAGUGUCACCGUGUACCGCGGCAUAUUUCCGUCCACCUCAUUCGAAAGCAGCAAAUUUCAAGUCAUUGCUGUUCGGCCUUCUUACAUCUCACACCAAGCUCACACGGAAUAUAAAACACUGGUACGGAUCCUCGAGGAAUCUUCCAGCUUCCCUUCACGUCCUGUCCAUCGCACCCGCCAGAAAAUAGCGCGGAAUUAUACAUCAGAUCCUGUUAUUGCUAUCAAGACCACCGUAAAAAAGGAAGAGCCCUCUGACAGAGAUGAGAUCUCCCCUCUCCUGUACCCCACCUCUCAAAUUUAUGAUAUAAGUGACUGGCAACACCCCGCCGAACUCGAAUACUUGGACGCCGUUGAUUGGUCCAAAGCUGAAGUCGUCAAAUUCCUCAUUACACAUUCGUUCUCCACUGAAUCAACGACGGUCAUUCCUACCUCAUACCGUAUCCCUCUCAUGUUCGUUGCCAACUUUCAGUUGACGUCUCUCCAGCUCGUUCUCUCCGUUGACACAGAUAUUCGGAAAACAGAAUUGAACAAGUUCAAGGGAGGGAUACUUCACAUCUCCAGGCUAUGUGACACGCUGUUGGGUGCAUCUCAGAGAGCCAUGGAUACGUUCGAUAGGGCACUGGUGAGGUAUCGCAUGGAGUGGCUUCUUUCCGAUCCGGGAAAGGUCCAGGAGUUCUGGGAUUUGUAUGGGAAAGAGGAAUAUGAGAAAGACCCCGUGAAACUUGGUAUGUCCUGAGAUCUUCUAUCUAAUUUUGACAUGACGCUCAUAUGAUUACUAUCUAGACUGGAAGAGAUGCGUUUUGAAAGGAUAUAACGGAUUCAAGCUUGAUGAAGAACAAAUAGAAGGUGGUAUCACGUUGAGCCAGUGGUUUCAUGGGCUGAAAGACCAUCAAGGUGAUUAGGUGUGGGAUACUGCCAACGAGUUUCCAUCAUCUCUCACUGCCCUACAAUAUCUUGAACGUUGGAACAAAACAGGAAUUUGGGACCAGGCGUU